CUACCGGGCGGAGUAAUUCGUGUUGCUAUCUUCCGAGUGCAUGUGUGUGCGCGAGUGCGUGCUACGGCUGCAGCUUGUCACUCAUUGUGCCGCGAACACGGGUAGCGACAAGGACCAAAAUUCCGUCCGGUAGCAGUUGUUAUCCCUGGAAAGGCUGAUAUCUGUUUACCCCCUCGCCCCCCGCCCCCCUUUCAGUAGAGACACCUCGCUUCUCUAAAGUGCGUCUGCUCUUCAAGGAGAAUAUCUGUGACACAUUACAAUGCUUCAAAUAAGGGACCUCAUCUGGGGAUUGCUAUUCAUUGGCUGUGCAGCUGCCCUACAGGUGCAAAUCACGCCAACACAAGGAGAGAUCAGCGUAGGAGACUCAAAAUUUUUCCUCUGCGAAGUGGUGGGAGAUGCUAGAGACAUAGACUGGUAUGCCCCCAGCGGGGAGAAGAUCCUCCCCAACAGGCAAGACAUUUUUGUGAGCCGCAGUGAUGAAACCACAUCUACCCUCACCAUAUACCACGCCAACGUGGACAGUGCCGGUAUCUACAAGUGUGUGGCAAAGUACGGGGACAAGGAGGCCCAGGCCACGGUCCAAGUGAAGAUCUUCCAAAAGAUCACCUUCCAGAGUGCUCCCAGCCCACAGGAGUUCAAUGAAGGCGAUGAUGCUGACAUAGUCUGUGAUGUGGUCAGUUCACCGCCACCCACCAUCAUUUGGAAGCAUAAGGGCUCCAAGAUCCAGGUUGCCAAAGACGUACGAUUCAAGAUCAUGGAUAAUGGCCACCUGCAGAUCCGCGGCAUCAAGAAGACAGAUGAGGGCAUGUACAACUGUGAGGCUCGCGUCAUGCCCAGGGGAGAAAUUGACUUCAAGAUGAUCAAGGUCGUCGUUAACGUGCUCCCCACCAUCCGUGCCAGGCAGUCAGACGUCAACGCCACAGCAGACAUCGGUAGCUCCGCUUUGUUGGCCUGUGACGCAGACGGCUUCCCUGAACCCACCGUCACAUGGGCACAUAACAACAUUGUCCUUGAAACGGGUGAUAAGUACAGCCUGAACGAGGAUGGUUCAGAAUUGGUAAUAAAAGAUGUCAAGAAAGUGGAUGAAGGAGAUUACACUUGCAUCGCCAAGAACAAGGCAGGAGAGAAAGUCGAGGAAGUCAGCCUGAACGUGUUUGUGCAACCCAAGAUAACCUACCUGAAUAACCAGACUGCCUCCGAGUUUGACGAACAAGUCACCCUGACCUGUGAGGCCUCAGGCGACCCCACACCCACCAUCUCCUGGAGUUUUGAGAACAGGGUAUUCACUGAAGGAGAGCAGGCUUCUUGGACGCGACCAGACAAAUAUGAGAGCCUUGAUAGAAAUAUUGUGGUACGCAGCCACGCACGGGUGUCCUCUCUCACCUUGAAAAACGUCCAGUUCACGUAUGCCGGCCAGUACCUCUGCACCGCCAGCAACUCCAUCGGCGAGGACAACCAGUACAUGUACCUGGAGGUCCGCUAUGCGCCAAAGAUCCUGGGUCCAGUGACGGUGUACACGUGGGAGGGAAACCCAGCCAACAUCAGCUGUGAGGUGGAGGCUCACCCCGUAGCCUCAGUGGUUUGGUUCAGAGACGGCCUCCAGCUGCCCUCUGCCAACACCACCAACAUGAAGAUGUACAACACACCAACCAUCAGCUACCUGGAGAUUACCCCUGAUUCUCAGAAUGACUUUGGGAGCUACAACUGCACAGCAACCAAUGUGAUGGGAACUGAGUCCAAGGAGUUCCUUCUUAUCCAAGCAGAGGUGCCAUCAUCUCCAGAAAUCGAACAGGUGGAACCUUUCUCCAGCACAGCAGUGGUAGAGUUUGACGAGCCCGACUCCAUAGGUGGAGUGCCCAUUAUCAAGUACAGAGUGCAAUGGCGUUUGCUUGGCCAGGAAUGGACUGGCAAGGAGUACAAUGCUGAGGACGACUUGACCAAGAUCAUCAUCACUGGUCUGAAGCCAGAGACCACCUACGAGGUCAAGAUGUCCGCAAUCAACGGCAAAGGUGAAGGCGAGAGCAGCCCAGCCAACACUUUCAAGACCGAGCCAGUCCGGUAUUCUUUCACAAUUUCAUCAGAGACACCACCCCCUAUCGCUGCCACCAGUAUGGCCCUUAGGGAACCCAGUGCCCCCAAACUAGAAGUCAAGUUCCAAAACAAGGGCAGUAGUCUUAAGGUCAACUGGAUCGAGCAGGACGAUGGCGGUUCCCCCAUUAAACAUUACCUGGUCAGAUACAAGGCUAAGCAUGUAUCUGACUGGAAACCAGAGAUCCGCCUCCCCCAUGGCAGUGAGUAUGUGGUGCUGAGCGGCCUGGAGUGGAAUACAGAGUAUGAGGUUCACGUGGUGGCGGAGAAUCAGCAGGGCAAGUCAGAGCCUGGCAUCCUCUCCUUCAGAACAGCUAUAGAGCCCACUACCAUCCCAGAUGCCAUGGGCGGUGGUUCAGGUCUGGGCACCGGAGCCAUCGUAGGCAUCCUCAUUGUUGUCUUUUUCCUGCUGUUGGUGGGAGUGGACGUCACCUGCUACUUCCUCAACAAGUGUGGACUCCUCAUGUGCAUUGCUGUGAACUUCUGUGGGAAGGCCGGGCCGGGUGCUAAGAGCAAGGACAUUGAGGAGGGCAAGGCAGCAUUCACGAAAGAUGAGUCUAAGGAGCCCAUUGUUGAGGUGAGAACGGAGGAAGAAAACGUCCCAAACCAAGAAGGAGGCGGUCACACCGAGCCUAAUGAGACCACACCUUUGACAGAACCUGAGCCUGCUGCUGCAGACACCACCUCCACGGUGGUAAACUUGCUCCCCUCCACUGCCACUAACUCAGUUGCUGAGAGCUUUAGCACGGCACAGAGCAGUCCUGCUAGCGAGAGCACCACCCUUACCGCCAGCGCCUCCAGCCCAACCAAAGCCGCCCCUGCCAAGUCCUCCCCCAAAAACAGUCCUGCUGCCCAGUCCAGUUUGCCUAAAGCUAACACCCAACCUGAUGUUGGGCCCCUGGUUGACCUGAGCGACACCCCUAAAGUUACCCCCUCAUCCAACCCAACACCCCUUGUCUCAGAGCCAGUCAGCCCGCCCUCUGCUAAUGCCGACGGGCCACAGUGCCAGAGUGACCCAGUCAAAGCCCCUGACAGCACCCAGAAUAAGGACUUACAAGUAGACGGCCCGACCACGGAUGCACCCAAUGCCCUGUGCACAGACUCGACCACACCGGCCCAAAAUGAUGGUAAGACUGUGAAGGAUGAAAUCACCAAAGGCGAGACGGAGGUGAAGAACGCCACGACCGAGGUGAAGACAGUUCCCAACGAGGCUCCCCAGACGAACGGCAACGAGAGUAAAGCGUAAUUCCCUCGACCCAAGAGCGGCGGGAAGAAGAGGGUGGUUGGGUCAGGGAGGGUGGUUGGGUGUGGGUUUUUAAUGUUAAAAAUGGGAGGCGGGGGGUCACAGUCACUGAAACCUCAAAGCAAUGUCACACACCACCCCAUCGCAUCAGAAAAAAGCAACAGAAAAUCUAAAAAAAAAAGGUUCAUGGGUCUCCUUCUACAGUGUCUUCUGACCAGGAAAAUGUAAAGACCUCAUGCACAUGCCUUAGUUCCUUUUACGUCAGUUUCUAUUUGUUUAUUUGUCACAGAAAAAAAAGCAAAAUUCAUACUAGUUCACCCUCUCUCUUGUAUGUAAUAUUAAAUUGAUCAAUAUGGAACAGAAUCUAUACUAUUUUCUCUAGAUAACCACGGUUGGACUGUAGCUUUACUUCACAGAUUACUGCCCUCUUCAUGUACACACAUAAGACUGGUACAUUACCGAUACUACUACUCUUAAUGCAGUAUGGUCAUCAUUGUGGUAAUGAAUUAUGGGUCUUAUUUCCUUUGUCAAUAUUUUGUUGUGUUUAAAUAAUGUGCAGACGUUACUGCCUAUUUAGCUUUUUUAAUGUGUUAUUUCCAGGGCUAGAGAUUAGAACAUUAGCAUGCCUGUUUUUGCAAAGUUACUGUAUUUCUGUACAUGUUGCUGUCAUUUGGUUCCUCUUUAGAUGUUUUUUUUUUUGUUGUUGUUUUUUUUUUCAUAUGGUCUCCAUAUGGUUCUGGUCCAGAAAUCGUUUAGCCUAAGCUAUGAGAAACGGAAGAAGACACCGGAGAAAGAUUUAUCAUGCUAUUAAAGUCUAGGUUCAGGGGUUUGAACCCUGUCUCCAUAAAUGUUCUGUUUAUGCAGUACAUGUAUAUUGGUAAAUGGGUUUGCCUAAUACACUAUGAAGGAAGCAUACAGCAACAGCUGCAAAGAUGAUGUUCACUAGCACAGCUUUUUUUCUUCUUCCAUAUGGAUUUCAUAGAGAUAGGACCAGGAGGGCACACAAAGUCCUGUCCCCUGUAGUUGGAUUAAUGCUACUAAAUUUUGUAAGGAAAGUUAAAAUGAACCAGAUCUUUCCCUAACCCUUAACCAAGAUCAAUGAGUUGUACAAACAUAGCCGUAAAAAUGUCAGUCAUGCUUUAACUGCCACAGAGGAUGCUAAUGUAGGAAAUCAAACGAAAGGUCAGUGAGUGUCUUGAGUUCUCUAUGAUCAUAUCGUUUCUUUGAAGAUAUGUUCAUUGAGACCAACCUGGCUGACAUUAUGUUUCCUUCACAAUUUAUUUGGUGUGACAAUUGAACUGUGUACAAACAUUAUUUUUAGGAGACAGGGUUGGGUUGGGUUGGGUUGGGUUUAGGGUACAGAAAUGGUCACACUGAAGAUUGUAGCUGUGUUCUCUUCCAGGGGCCACAUCCCUCAAAGUCCAAUUUUCAAAACUGAAUUCAUCAUAACGGGUCAACUCAAGCGUCCCAUUUCAAAGGAGAAAUACUGCCUUAUUUUGCCCUGAAUCCACCAUUCAGUUUUUCAUAAUAACACUUUCAUUCCUCAUCAACUCGUCAGCAUAUACGAGGUGAAUUCAUGCCGUAAACGUAUGAGCUGGACCAACGAAAAAGGUUUCUACAGGAUGUAAAUAAGGAAGCCAGGCUUAAAGUCCUCCGGUUCUCCUUAGAAGUAGCGAUGUAGGUAGUGAAUGUAAAUUUAAUUAUGUGGAUAGAUUUACCAGUAUCAUGGCACAUUCCAGUUAACCAUUGUGUCCUGAAAUGAAACAUCAGAACUAUAAACUAUCCUGGGCUGUUCGAGGGCAACUUCCUGCUGGUCAUUUUUGACCUCACGAUCUGAUGAGGACCACCCAUUAGUUUUGCAAAAGGUGAAUCCUCUGUAGGCAGUCCCGUCUCGGUAGUUCAUAUGUUCACUGCCAUCCCCGCAUAAACCACGUUCUUCGAAGGAGGUGGCGCCUGUAAUGGGACACAGCUCAUGUGUGAAUUGUUAAUAUUGUUAUUUCUUUAGGUCGAUGUGAGAACACACCUUUAUCUCCUCUUUCACACACAUACACCUCCCCUUUUCCAGAGGUCUCCUUUAAGCAUUUCGGACCAGUUCUUUUACCUGUCAGGUUUGGGCUUAACAGUGACUUAAAAGGCCACGUGUGUUUUGUCAGAGCAAUUUCAGUAAGCAGGUUUCGACUGAGAAGUUGACCUGUUUGUUGAAAGAAAAGAAAGAAAACAAGCCCUUGCAGGCUUGUCGGCCAAACUCGUUGAAUUCUUGACACACCAGUUUCCACUGCCUGGAAUCGGUCGCGAAUAUCACAUUCAGUUUGUUUCCUUUGGGGGUUAACCAUCUUUACCUUCUUCUCUGGUUCAUAGCCAUUGUUGCCUUCUCUGUGCUAACCAAUAUUGUUCACUGCUUUUUACUGACUGGUCUGAGGGCUCAGCUUUCUGAGAUUUCUACACCUCUGAGUGACCAAACAUCUGAUGCCUUCAGUCAUCGUUUCCUCUCUUUCACCCCAACUGCUGUCAGUGUGUUUGCGUCACCACUGCUUCCACUGUCCUGCGUUUCAGUCUUUAAUUAGUUUGUGCCUGCAGUGAUGUGACAUGUAUUGUAGGUUUAGUACAGUUUAUCACUUUUUCAAAAUUCACUAUAUUCUUAGCACAAGGUCCACUUAAUGGACAAUUUCUGGAAAAUGCCUGGAAAUUAUUAAAGGAGCCACAGCUGGCCUAGAGAUUUUGUCUUUAUCCGUUAGCCUGGCCAGAUAUUAAAGUUCAGAUUUGUGAAUAAAGAGAAUACACACGUUGUAGUUCAGUUUAAUUUAUUUGGAGUUUGGACAAGUUUGACUUCAGUAGUACCACUUUAAAGGACUACUCUGAUUUAUUUGUCUUCAGUUUGGCCCAUUGCUCAUUUUACCCAGUAUCUGAGAGGACUGAUUACAUGAUCACUAUCUGUGUCUACUAUAAAUACAUCUGUCCAUUGUGCAUGCUCAGACAGCUAGCAAUAUACUAAAUGAACACUAGGCAGCUGAGACUUGUACCGUAUUUAAAUUCCAUGUAAAUAAAAGUAAUCAUUUUACUGCUGAAACCAUGAGCAACCUGCAUUUAGCUUUGCAUGUGGCGGUGAUUAGCAUCCUUGCUAUGUUUGGCGGGGCUAAUCUUAGCCUGGACGGUUUGCUAAUUUUGAUGUAGACAUCACCAGUCCAAACCCUCCAGGCUUUUUAAGGGUUCUAUUAAAGCACAAUAGAUUAAAAAUGCAUCUCAACCAAAAGAAUGAACGUUUAGUGACACACAUUUAUCUUCGUGGUUGCUAUUCGAUACAAAGUCGGGUUAAGCUAGCUAAUCAGCAAAAACACUGCCAAAAUGACCAUCAGCUUGUUAUGUGACCAGCCUGUAACCGUAGAGCUGUUUCAGUCAGUGCAGGAAGCUAAUGCUUCUGCUACUGCUCUGAUCAACGUAAUGAAUCUGAACAUGUGAUUUUGUCUACCAGCAUCUGUGAUCUCAAAGUCUUCCACUUUCACCAGCAUCACACUAUCUCUGUCCCGCUAAGACCAGUCGGCUCUACCUCUGUACUCUCGGCUUACAUUGACUUUAUUAAUUAUGAAAUUUGAGAUUUUGGAUAAUGUCAAUUGACUAUGGUUAUUUAGCAUACUACAUGGUAAGACUUUAGCAUGCACACUGAACAGAAACACAGAGGUGACUUUGUUACCAAUCCUCAUUACAUAUUUGGUAAACCAAUGAGUUAAACUACCAAGAACCAUCUUAAACUAAUGAAAAAGCCCACCAGACACAGCUCCUAGGGGUUCCUUUGGAAAACUGUGCUGACUAACUCUGAAAUUUGGCUUAAAUUGAGAGAUUAAUACUGGUUCUGUGUCUGUAAAUGAAUGUACUCUCUCGAGCCAUUAAGCAUUGCCUUUCAGUGGUCCUUUUUUCAGCAAAACUGAAUGGGAAAGAACCACAAUGUGGCCUAUUUUAACUGACCAGGAAGGAAAUUGGUCUGUGGUGUUUAAAGGUUUCUUUUUAUGCACCGAAACUAAUUGAAGGAUUUCAAAAUGUUCUUUCUCAAGCCAUAGUACCCUGCUGUGGAUCUGAAAGGUUAAACAAAAGAAACACAAGUCUGACCACCUUUUGUUGUACAGUGUUCCUCCUACUUUAGACUGCAAGCUAGUACACUGUGAAUGUGUGAAUCCAUUGUGUCCUUUGUCAUAGAGUUGAGCAAAUAGAUUGAUUGUGAAAAGAUGUAGCUGAUAGUGUGCGACAGAAUUCAUGACGUCAACGUACAGAAGUCUGACAGCAGCAAACUGGAAAGACACAGUGCCUUUGAAUAAGAAAAUGGUCGCAUGCAUUCCAUUCCUCUCAGUGUCUGUCCAUUAAAGGUUUCACAUCUCCAUCUUCCUGCAGAUUCCCUUUUUCAUUUUCUACAUUUCACAGGUGUAAGUUAAGCAGUGCUUUGUUCAGAUUGUGUCGUAUAUUCACAAUAGCUGAGUUGGUGUUCUGGAACAUACAACGGGUCCUUUACACUGUCCUUGUUAAAGGAUAAUUCUGGUUAUCUUAUUUGAGUAGGUUUUGCCAUCCUUUCUAUCGUUAUGAUGAACAUUGUACUAAAGCAAAUUGCUCAGAUGUGAGAAAAUGGCACCAUCUCUGAACUAAUAUGAGCACCAGUGGGGCAAGAAACACGAGCAGUCUAUCAGACAGGUUGUAAAGGUUAGCCAAACUUUUUGGGAAGGAAAACAAAGGUUCAAAAGUUCGUCACAGUUUACUUGCUGACUUCCUGGCUCAGUUUUGAUUUACUGUGCUUACUUUAGUUGUCAAGCUCCAAUGGACCCUAACCCUGGCAAUCAAUGCAAACCAGGCAUGCAUUAAUACAUUUAGAAUUACAGAAAAUAGGCUUAUUAGACCAAAUCUAAAGCCAAUGUUACCAACAUUUCAGGUGCACUAACUACUUUCAAUUUUAUUUCCAAAUAAAGUGACAGCCUGCUUAUUUUUCUUGCCGGGACGGACCCUGAUCUCUCCAAGAUCUCGCCGUACAAUGUUAGCAAAACCAAUGGAAAUGAUGGGCGAAGCUACAAAAAUAAGACCCAAGCUGUAAUAAACUGGAACUACCCUUAAAAGAAAACAUCUGGACUUACUGCCACCUCAUCCUAGAUAACUGGUAUCACAUUAUAAUGACAUCUAGCACACCAUUACAUCUAAGUACGAGACACAAUGACACUUUGCUCAGGUCCCAUAUUCUCUAAAAUAUCUAAAAUUGUCAGAUUUGUCAGAAGCAAGCAUGCAAAAUAUAUUAGAAAAUGAUAAUAAUCUCACAGUUUUUGAUAAUGAAAAAAUAAUGAAAGCUUCAUGUAUUGUAUUGCUCUUUUUUCAAGUGUUGUGUAACUUGUCCUGUUUCCCAGACUUGUCAUGUUUGCUUCAAAAGAAAACUGUUUUUGCUUCACAAAGCUCUGAAAUGUAAUUUUAAAAAAAGUGUCAUAAGCAAAUUCUGCUGUUAAAGCUGAAAUACAGUGUGCAAAAAUACAAAAAGAACCAUGUGAGCUUUUUGUUAUGUCCAAAAACAAGCUUGAAAAUAUUCUCAAAUUGCAAAUGUGGGACCAAGUUUUGUGCAAGUUUACGUAAAAAACUUUUUCUACCCAUGUCACGGCUCCUGAAAUCCACUUGUCAAGGACACCGUGUGAGCAAGUCCCCCUUGUUCAGUUACCUCAAAAUUGCAAGAAUGACACAGAGGCAGCCUUGCAUUUUUCUCUUUGAGUCUGCCACUUGAUUCAGUUAGAAAAAAAGACAUCCAGCUGAUUUUUUUCAUCUUGCUCAGCGUUUGCAAGGAGACAAAGCAACAUGAAUUUUUCAGGGUUUGAAAAAGAGAAAAGCAUCCUGCCAAGGUUCUCCGUCUCUGAGUGAGAAUCACCAACACACAACAGUGCAAACACCAAACUGCUUCACACUCGGUCAGAGAGGAGACUUGAGCCUCCACUGCCAACAGCUGGUCACUGUCAUUGAUUCAGAGUUCAUACUGAAGUUCAGACAUUGGUAGGCAGUCCUCUGUCUGUGUGUCUGUCCACUGUCACUGGUGUAAAUACUGAAUACUAACUGAGGAAAGAAGGAAAACACACUUUGACUUUGCAUUUCUGCCAGAAAUUCUUGUGUUCAAUAAAGGUAAAGAAAACUCAAAAA